UUAAACAAGCCGACACGCGAUGGUGUUACCAUCAACAGGCGCUUGUCCGUCCGUAGUGUGGUUAUAUUAAAUAUAAGAGAAAGAGAGAACUUUAAGAACACAGCCACUACAAUGACAUCCAAACAUGAACAAAUAUCGCCGUAAACAGUUUAUUUUGCGACACCACGAAACAAACGACAGCGUAAAAUGAAACAGAUGUUUUUAUAUCAGCCCUACUUCAGAGGAUUAUGUAGUACUAAUUAAGCUUACAAAAUACCAUCACAAUCACUCAAAGUACUUUGAGGUGCAAGCUGGAGCCUAUAAUACUUGUGUGUACUUACAGUGAAAGUACUUGUGCACUUCUUUCUUUUCUUUUUAUUCUAAUGAAACUUCAAAAAUGUAAAAAUGAAGCAGUCUUUGUGUUUUAUGCACUUUAUUUUGUAGCUUUUACAGUUUUUAUGAGUACUUCGGUACUUCAUUUGUCUGCAGGUUACGGGCUGGGGUGUGAAGUACUCGAGUAUUUCCAUUUCUUUGUACUCCUGAGUACUUUUUCCUGAUGUGCUGCUCACGUUAACCCCAAACAGCAUUCAGAGACAUGAUGCGGCUGUUUUUCCUUAACUUCUUCCGUGGAUUCGUCAUAAAUAAUAGAUCAUCUCAGGACCCUGGGUGUAUUUCUGGCGACACUUUGAAGGGCCCUGACCCUUAUGUUAGUUCCUGUUUCUGGUGUUUUUAGUUUAAAGAAUGUUUUUUGUCUCACUGAUGCAAAGACAUGUAAAUGUUGGCAUCCACACAGCAGGGGGCGCUGCAGGGGCAGGGAUGAGCUAACAGGCUGGUGAUGCAACACAUUAUUAUGAUGAUGAUCUUCUCUGAAUGAUUUUCUUUGUGUUUUUGAGAAAAAUGUGUCGGUUUAUUCUUUUGUUUCCUCUCCAGCAGAGAAACACGAGCGAGUACUGCACAGGGCUCGUUCUUAAUGCUCCUCUUUGGUGUGUCACAUGACCUCUGAAUCACUGUGGGCAGUGUGACCUGAUCAGGUUUGGCUCACAUGUGAAAGUUUUAUGGAGCAAAGAAAAACAAACCCAAACUGUCAAAUAAUAAAAAGAAUCAUCUUAAAACGUGAACAGCAAACAAACUGAAAGCUUCAGAAAACAUCAGCAGAUGGUAGAAAGGGCAGCACAGAGGGGUGGAGUCCGGUCCCACAGCCAGGUGCACCACUUUAAUGCUUCAGUUGGAUGGUUUUCCUACUGGAGACAGUGUUCAGGCUGAUCGAUCGGCUGGCAGACUGACUGGAUCCAUGAUGGAAUUACAGACGUUACAGGAGGCCCUGAAGGUGGAGAUCCAGAUCCAUCAGAAACUGGUUGCUCAGAUGAAGCAGGACCCUCAGAACGCAGAUCUGAAGAAGCAGCUCCACGAACUUCAAGCAAAGAUCACAGCGCUCAGCGAGAAGCAGAAAAAGGUGGUGGAGCAGCUGAGGAAGGAGCUGCUGGUGAAGCAGGAGCCGGAGGCCAAGCUGCAGCUGCAGGUCCAAACUCCUCCAGGAGGAGGAGACAUCAAGCCGGCCAACCCACUGCAGAGCCAGCAGAUAGCUGGAGCGCUGCAGCAGACGCUGACAGUGACGCCGGUCCUCACCACAAAGACGCUGGUGCUGAAAGCUGCCCCCGGCACCGUCCUGCCGCAGCGCCCGCCCACCGUCGCUAUGGUAACCACAGCUAUCACCAAACCCGACUCGCAGAACGCCCCCAUCAACCUCCAGGUGGCCGGCAAGCUGACCAAUCAGAGCUCGGAGCCCAUGCGGCUGGUGUCCAAGAACGCCAUGGUGGUGCAGGCCGCCGCCCAGCCAAUCAAAGUUCCUCAGUUUGUCCCGCCUCCUAGACUGACGCCUCGACCCGCCUUUCAGCCACAGGUCCGGCCAAAGUUGGCCACGCCCACCAAUGUCCCUAUCGCACCGGCCCCUCCCCCACCCAUGAUGGCAGCCCCCCAGUUGCUGCAGCGGCCCGUCAUGUUGGCCACCAAGCUCUCGUCCUCGCUGUCGUCGUCGGCGCCCAUCCACCAGGUCCGCAUCGUCAACGGCCAGCCCUGCAGCAAGACCGGUGCCGCCCCGCUGACGGGCAUCGUCAUCACCACGCCAGUCUCCGCUGCACCCACCCGCCUCGCCAGCCCCGCCCAGGUGCCCCUGCCCACCCCCGUCCCCACUCAGACUCCGGUCCAGCCGAUCCAGAUCAGCAGCCUGACCACUGAGCCCAAGCAGACUGUUAAACCGGGAGGAACAGAGCAGCACGCCGUCGUCAGCCUCCCGUCCUCCUCCUCAACCGCUCCUGUGUCUCCUCCUCCCAGGCCCCUCAAGAAAGAGGAGAACCCAGAGAAACUGGCCUUCAUGGUGUCCUUGGGCCUGGUAACACACGACCACCUGGAAGAAAUUCAGAGCAAAAGACAGGAACGUAAGAGGAGAACGACGGCCAACCCGGUGUACAGCGGCGCCGUGUUUGAACCCGAGAGGAAAAAGAGUGCAGUGAGUUACCUGAACAGCCCUCUGCACCAGGGGACCAGGAAGAGAGCCAACGAAGACUCCCUUUCCAAGGUAUGUCAUACAGACUGUUUGUUUUUGUUUUCUCCCCCCUCUCCAUCUUUCUUUUUUCUUUGUUUUCCGUCUUUGUCGUCUGUCUCAUUUCACCCAGGUCGUCCACCCAAAUACAGCAGCGUCCCGGACCUGGUCAGCCUCACCCCGACCUCCCCCUCCAGCCCCGUCCAUCCCCUCCCCCUGCCCAGCCCCAGCUCUGGGGAUGGAGACAUCCAUGAGGACUUCUGCACUGUGUGCAGACGCAGUGGCCAGUUGCUCAUGUGCGACACGUGUUCUCGUGUUUAUCACCUGGACUGCCUGGAUCCACCCCUGAAAACCAUUCCUAAAGGCAUGUGGAUCUGUCCAAAAUGCCAAGAUCAGAUCCUGAAGAAAGAAGAAGCCAUUCCCUGGCCCGGCACCCUGGCUAUCGUUCAUUCCUACAUCGCUUACAAAGAAGCUAAAGAAGAGGAGAAGCAGAAGCUGAUGAAGUGGAGCUCAGAGCUGAAACUGGAGCGAGAGCAGCUGGAACAGAGAGUCAAGCAGCUCAGCAACUCCAUAACAAAAUGCAUGGAGACCAAAAACACCAUCCUGGCCCGCCAGAAGGAGAUGCAGCUCUCCCUGGACAAAGUCAAACACCUGAUUCGCCUCAUCCAAGCCUUCAACUUCAACCAGGCUCUGGCAGAGACGGAGGGCAAAGACAUGAGAGUCCCGGACAGGGCUGAGGCCGCGGUCAGCUCUGAAGCUCCGCCCAAAGUCAACUCAGCGGAGAAGGUGAAGGCGGGGAGCUCCUUGGCCAGCGUCAUCACCGAAGGGAGCAAGCCCGAGGAGCACGGAGCCGCGGGGAGCCACCAGACGGGCGGAGACACCUCCGGCCAGCCCGACAGCACAGUCCUAACGGCAGAUAGCGGCACCGGCGUGGGGGCGGACGGAAAGGCGGGGCCGGGGGGAGGGGCUAACACGGGGACUGGUCUCCAGGCGGAGAUCGUAGCCAAGCCUGAGACUGAGGUAGCCGCGGCAACUAAUGUUCCCGCUUCUUCGGCCGUUGCCACCACCAACGGCACAGCCGAGCCAGCCCGUCCUGAUCAGAGCCCCGGCGGAGGCCACGGCGCCAACGCCGCCACCGGCUCUGAAAACAAGACAGCUGCCGUCAACCCCCCAGAGACGCCGGCAGAGAAGAAACAGGAGGAGAUCACCGGAAGCGAUGGCAGCAACACCAACAACAGCAAAACCUCAGAACCCUCCCAGCAUUCUUUGCCAGCUCUCGUCAGCAGUUUGGACAAUAAAAAGUAACGCGGCGUCUCUUCAGUCGGGGAAUUCAAACAUAUAUAUUAAAAAAAAAGACUCUUGCUUGCACCGUGUGGUGCCCUGAAGUUGCCAAUCUGUAUAAAUGUUGUUUGUUUGCAUUGUAUUGUCAGACUGUGUCAAUGGUAGAUAUACAGCCCAAGUCACGUGACUCUGGGAAGACGUAGGCCGUUCCACCCACUGAGCUGGGGUACAGGAAGGCGUGCGCACCAGUGUCAUCAUGCCAAUUAGUGAUAGACGUCAUGGUGGGAAUGCUCAAAGGGAGAUUUAACUCAUCAUCACACCAGUGUGUGCCUGUUACAGUGGCCCCUGUUCCCUGCGAGGUGGGGAGACGGUUCACAUGGGCACGAAGAACGCCGAGAACGUGGAGCCAAACAUCUGUCAGGGGUUACUGGUCUAAAGCAGUGUUGUGAUAAAUGAACCUGUUCGUGCCCUCGUCCCAACGAACUUAAUGUGAACGACCAUGAACCUUAACCAUCCGUCCCGACCUUCCCGAUCGUCCGAUCCUCGCCCGGCCGGCCUCCGGAUCUCUUCGGUGGAGAGAAACCCGUGCGUCCCUUCACCCCUUCACUGUGAAAAGGCUUCAGUUUGCUUCAAACACAGAGUGGUGCCAACCACAGGCGCUGCAGAUGCAAACAGUCCUAGAAAUCUGGAUCACGUCGCAUCUGGGUGUUUUUGAUCGGAAGUCAAACGUAGUGGUCUGUGAAUUACGGUGAACUUUGCAGAGAAAAUGAUGCGUUAGCCAACACCGCUCACGCUGAGCGGCCUAACUUACCUUAACCCAGGUACCCGACAGCUGGGUACAAACAACUGUUGAAGGGAGCGAAAGAUAAAAGGCUGAAAAUGGGAUUUUCAGUCCGUCCUGAUUACCGCUAACAGCUCUGAAAAUCAUACCUUAGACUGAUAACCUUCGAUAUCAGCCAGAGACCUCCUCAGACAUCGUCUUUUUAAAGACGGCGGUUGGCGCUUUGAAGCACGCGGCUGCCUUGAAGGUGACGGGUCUGACUUUCCAGAUGAGACUGAUUGGCAGCAUGUCCGCUCAUCAAACCACACGUGCACCUGGUGGUGUAAACCCGGGCUCACCUGCCCAGGUCCGAGAACAAUACACAACAUUAUUGCAGAAACCUUAAAGGCCUCGGCAUCGUCGCUCUUUUGAAGCACACUGACGCCUUUGGAAAGACUUCCCGAGCGAUCCAUAAUCCCUACAUUAUUCCCACUCGCAGUCACCCGGUAACCAAACGGCCCAUCCUCUCCCCAUCUCCUCCCACCUGAGCUCAGGCAGCAAAGACGCCGAGCGGCGCGUUCGACAGGUACAAAGGACGAGGUCGAACAGGCUCGGUAGCCGAACAGAUGUUUUCAGUGGUGUCGGUCAAGUGUAGUGAUUGAGUUUUCAUUCGUGAGUCAAGUGUGUCAACUGUGAGCACUAAAUGUGAAAUUGCAAUACUGCAAUGUCAACACACACAAACUAUAUCUGGGCUGUGUUUCUUUUUUAUAGGAAAAGAUAUUCAGGUCUUCCUAGUCUUCUUCAGAAUAAGUGCUUUCUGUUCCUGAACCUGCUGGACUGGCAUUAUCCACACACAAAGGAGUCCUCUUUUUGAAGCGGUCGUCUUUGCAUCGUGUGCGUUUCUGUUGAAUCCUGAACUGCCAAAACGACAUACCCAAAUUCAGCAGGGACAAGUCCACAUACUGUAUCGAAAGAUCAAAUCACCGGCGUUGUAAGAUAUUUAGAUGCUACCAUUUCAGAAAUUGGAAGUCCCCAGAUUGAGACAGGAGAGCUUACUAAACAAUAACAUUAAAGGAACUUUUUUCCUUCAAACGGUUUGUCGUACGAAGCUGCUCCUUCCGACGGAUCUCAAAGGACGAUAAUCCUGAGAUUAAAGCACAAGCUUGCUGCAUUACAAAGAAGUGCUGAAGAGCUUUUUGUAUGUUAAUAUGGAAUUAAACAGAGUAUGCAUCUCUUUGUUGUGAUGUGACUUAUCCCCCACAUUGCCAAUAUUUUUCUCGGAGGACACACAAACCUCUCUCUGACGUGCGUAGUUCCUGUUUUUGGGAGGAGCGGCCCGAGAAGCGCCUUCGUCCCCUCGCGGUCAGACACGUGCGUCUCUUUUCUUUCGGUGUGGCCGAAGCACGACGCUGUCGUUUGUGGCUGUCGGUUCAGGUGGGUCUGCUGAGCCGAUCACUGCUGGCUUCUUGUUGGGAGCGAGGCAACGACGGCGCCUCUGGUUGUGCUGGAAUUUCUGUCGCUUUCUUUCUUCGAGCUGUUUUGGAGCAUCGUUGCCCAGGUUUCAGUCGCCCGGCGGCGUCUUCACCCCUGAGUGCCAACGCCGUUUGUUUUCUGUCAUCGUGCACGUUCGCUGGGACUAGAGCUCUGCUGUGUGAGUGGCUGUGAUACCUUGUAGGUGUGGGGUAGGCCCAGCAGCAGAGGAGGACGAGGAACACGUGAAGGUGGCCGCGUGUUUCAGCCUGUGUUGCUUACUGAUGAAACAUCAGUAGUUGGACUUUCCUGCUAACACCUGUACGGUCUCUGGAGUGCUGAUAGAAGGCGUUUAGCGACGUGCACGUGGCACUGACCGCAGAGGUGAACACGCUGCAGGGCGACUGCGGGUGACCGUUAACUUCAUAUCACUACGACCAAGUCGGCAUAUCUGACACCCGGUGUUCUCGUAUACAGACUGCCUUCAUUCAGAAGAUCCCACAGAAACGUUUCCAUGCAUUCGGCCGCCGUGUCGCGUUUUAUGCCGUCGGUCAGAAGAGCUCGGCCAUUCGAACACAGAUGGGAAAGAAGAGCCAGAAAAAAGAAAAGAAAAAAGGCAACUAAGGUGUCCCCGGGUCCCUCUGAGUAUCAUUCGUUGUGUGUUUCGUUGUUCGUCGGCGUUCUUCACCACGCGAGGCUGUGUUCACUCAUGGGUAGAGCAGAGUAGUCAUCGAGUCUCAACAAGGUUUUCUUUCAAAGAGCCCGAACUUGUGUUCCAGUCAGACUGGACCUCUCCCUCUGUACAGUAGGUACCUCGAGUGCCUUUCUUCAAACAGCAGAUAAUAUUUGUCUCUUGACUUGCACUGUGACUUGUAGAACCUUACUAACCCCUCCGUAUGACCCUCCGGUCCCCCGUCCCAGGAGCUCCCCCCAAACUCCGGAGCACAAACUCGGUCCCUCCACCUCAGGCUGCCAGUAGUCAAUGCAAGUUAAAUCUACAUUUCAUAUAUGAUGCCGUUUGAAAUCGACCGCAUAGUGUUUUGUUGAUGUUUAAUAGAGGAGUUGCCUUAAAUGUGUUUUGUUUUCGUUUUUUUCUGUGAUUAACUUUUCCAUUCGGAGAAAAAAAAAACACCUGUGCAGACGCGAAGGUCAGAGGUCGUUUGGUGAGAAGCAGUCGGGGUUUUCCCGACGAUGAUGAUGAUGACCUGCUCGGAGCUGUGUUGUGAUGCACUUUUUGAUUUGACCAGUAUUAUCGGACCGGGAUCGGUCAGCAACGCAGAGCGCAGGUGUGAAUCCCGGUUCCCCGGAUUUCCUGGCUGGACUCGCGUUCGUUUUAUUUUGAAAGGUCCAUCGUUGCUUCUGCACUGUUCUGGUUCUUCUUUGGCUUCAGAUAACGCCCGAGUUUGCUAAAUCAGGUCACAUGAGGCGUCUGGCAUGAUCAAACUUUGACCCGAGUAAGAGCAUCUGUCAGUGCAGCGGCGGCAGCGGAGCGCAUGACUUUUUAUGCAAACUUUGAUAAUAGACGUGUCGAAACGUUUUUUUUUAUAUGCAUCUGCUUUUAUUGUUACGUUUUCAUGUGAAACUCGAGUCACUUUCUUUUCUUUGGGCGUUCUGGCAGACACAGAUGCCAGAGCGCGCCGUUUAGGUGUUAAACGUUGCAGCGACCAUCUGCGUUCAAAGGGUUUCUUCAGAAUCAGAAGGUUUUUCCAUGGAUGUAUGAAGAAGAACUGGACACCUGUUCUCCACUGACACGGUGCCGUUUGUGGGGCGGUCCUACCGCAGAACGCUUACCGGUGAUUGGUAGAAGUAGCCUGUGGAUUUGGAGUAACGUCACCCCAAGUUCGACCAGCGCUUGGUUCAAACAUGAACGCAGUCAACGGAUUGUGCCCGCCGCUAGUUUCUUUCUGGGAAGUUACCCAACUUUGACCUCAUCAGCACCUUGUCAGUGGAACGCAGGAGGAAGAUCAUCGAAAAAGUAGCCCUAGCUUUGUCCGGCUCGUGGGUUAACAGAGAGAAAUCGCUGCUGUGAUUGGUUCUGCUUUGUUCAAUGACUGUUUGAUUCAUGGCUUGGCCGAGGUUUAGGUGAUGCCGGGCUACAGAGCAGGAGCUCUGUGGGGGAAAGGAGGCAUGCGUUAGGCCUGAGUGUCUGCCCUGCAUCGGCUCUCUGAAUACAUCCAUGGGUUUAGGUUCUUCGUUGUAGUCUUGAUUUGGCUGAUGCGGCGUGCCGACUGUUGGGAUCCCAGCAGAGCUGCGAAGGUUCGGGGAGGAAGGCUCUCUAAAUUGCUUCUCAGUUUCGAUUUCGCCGAGCCGUCCGGGUGAACUUAUCCAAAGAACACUGAGAGCAUACAUUUCGUCUCUGCAUAUCAUACGGAUGUCGUUUUCCUGCGUUGGCAUCGUGCUCGUGGUCACAUUAACCGCUCAUGCAUUCUAAAAAAAACAAAAGACUGUGCUGGGGGGUCGUUCCUGCGAGGUAGUUUGCUCCGACUUUUAAGUUGUAUCAGUUUUAAAACGAUCAAGUCAUGAUUGUGGCCUUCUAGUAUUCUGUCGGUACAUGACGUCAUUAAUCUCUCGUGCCCGCCCGCCCAUCUGUCUGGACCCAAACGUACACCUGCAGCUUCUUACCUCAUCCACAGCUGAUUCCAUCGGGGUGUGUUUGAGUGCAAAAAAAGAAAAGUUCAAAAAAAGAAAAAACAAAAGUCUUUUUUUAUCUUCCAUUUGGUGAGAUGCAUUGUAGCGAUAUGAAUAAAGAAAAAGUUCACCUGGUGUGCUGAAUAAUGUGUAAAUUGGUAAUUACACAAUCUGAAUAUUUGUAUAAUUGUUUGUAUUUUUUCAUAAUGAUUUUGGAAAGGAAUGUGUUUAUUUUUUUGACUUCUGUUCCAGAUGUGUCUUCUGUUGGCCUGACAUUGUGACUGGUCUGGUGGGAUUCUUACCUCUGUAUUGAGCCUCUUCUGUGAUGAAUUCUUUGUAUGCAGUGUUUAGGAAAUACUGUAGGGAACAUGGGGAGGAGUUGAUAUUAGGAGCAUUUGAUCAAUUUGUAUUUAUUUAUUUUAUCAUUUUGUUAAUAAAUUGUGAAAAGCA